AUGCUGAGGAAUUGUUUGAGGAAAUUGGGAAAUCAUCAAACGAAAUGUUCGGUAAAAACGUUACACACCCCAAUCUAUAGAACAAAAAACCUUCAGGUUCUCAGAGAUACGCUCUCUGGUAUUAAGCUGUUGGAAAAAAUAAUAACUUCAUCCUCCUACAAUAAAACAUUGAUAUAUGAACCUAAGUAUAAAUCCAAGCCACAGGUCGUUAGUUCUCAUGAUACCAUGAGACUUCACAAUGUAAUGCGUGAGUUACUAGAUUCCCUACAAGUAGAUGAAGCUACCAACACACGACUUCAAUCAAACAGGCCUCGAAAGCUGGGGAGGGUUGGUCUACAAUUAUUCAUGGAUUGCAUUCAGGACAACUUAACAGCAACUUCAACAUCUUUGACAUGCUCUUUACUGGAGCACUAUUUCAAGUAUCCCGAAAAAGAAGUGACCAAUGGGAUCAAGGCCGGAUUACGAUAUAUCAGAGAUUUUCUUGCGAAGAACAAGAUUAUAGUGAAAAGUCAAAACGAUGUUGAUGCUCUGGUCGAGCAAUUGACUAUGUCCUCCUCAGACAGCCAAAGCAUCAAAAGGGUUUUGAAAGCCAUUAAUUAUGAAUUGUUUUCGGAUGACAUUGUGCGGGUCAUAAACGGCAACAAAACUUACGAUGAGGUUGAUGUAUCCAAGGGUUGGAAAUAUCCAGCUGGUAUUUUAGAUAGUAAUGAAGCCUAUUUAAGGUCCCUGGAGUUGCCUACUAAGAAAUUAGUUUCCAUUGAUAAAGAUAUGCUAGUUCUUAUGUAUGAUGGGACGUUACGAGACGCUAAUAAAAUUCUACCCACGAUAACGUAUGCAAGAAAGUUGAGAAAAUCUGUUCUCUUAAUCGUUAACGGAGAUUGCACAGGUGAUGCAUUAACAUCCGUUACAAUUAACAAUAACAGAAACAAGAGAGAAAAUAAUGAAAGCCGAAUAGUGGUUUUGAAGUACUCUAAAAAGGCGAACAAUGACUUAGCGCCACAGGAGAAUCUUGAUUUUAUAAAGUUCUUACGGUUGCCUUGCGGAUAUGACAGCAUCUACUCACCAGAAUAUAGUCCUUUAGUGCCAAGCAAAAUGUGUGCGGAUAAAUAUUACGGCAGUAUCGAAUCCAUAAAAGCGACCACAGGGGAGGCAUUCUUAUAUAACUCCAUUGAUGCUGAAGCGAUUCCAAAUAAAGUUCCGAAAUCCUUCCUCCAAAAUACGGUCACUUUAAGCAUUGGUGGACAUAACGAAAUCGAAAUCGACAGAAGAAGAAAUGCAAUAGAUAAUUGCUUAAAUAACGUCCUAUGUCAUGGGCUGGCCAAAGGUUUCAUCCCAGGUUACGGCAUCUCCCUACUGAAGGCAAUUCCAGGUUUGAAUGAACUGAAAGCAAAUGAACCCAAUUUCAUGACUAAGGUAGGCAUCAAUGCUGUUUUAUCAGCAGUUAUUCUCCCAUCAGAAGUGGCGUUUAAGAAUGCAUAUGGGUACAACUAUUAUGAGAUCAAUAGCCUGAUAGCAGGCGCUAUAAACGAAAAAUCGUUUCCAAUGGCCAAGUUUUCUCCAAAUUCAGAACCGGUGAACACAGUAAAGGAUGGAAACUUGGAGCCAUGGAGCAAAAUGGAUUCUUGUUUAGCCGGUGUAGAAACGUUCAUUGAAUUACUUACAAGCUGUAAUACAAUUAUCACAUGUGUAUACAAAAAGCCUGAACGGCACAAAGCCUAG